AUGCCUUCCGCUGCACCAGAAACCGUUUUGAGCGAUUCCAUUAUCGGUGGACACGCCGAGAGUCGACCGCGCUUGUCAGAACCCUUGACUUACACGGGCAGUCUUGACGCUAUCCCGCAGCUCGACGUCACCCCUGUCAUCGGCCGUGAAUACAACGGUCUCCAGAUCCGCGACCUGUUGAAAUGGGAUGAGACACACAUUCGAGACCUUGCUGUGACCAUUUCGCAGCGCGGCGUGGUGUUCCUCAAGAACCAAGAUGUUACGCCAGAGGAGAUGAAAGACUUUAUGCUACGGCUCACAGACGUUGCCGGGUGCCCUGCUAGUUCUGGACUACAUGUGCAUCCUUUGACGGAAGAGGGCAGUGAGUUGGGUGAUCAGAUCAGUGUUAUCUCAAGUGAGAAGCAGAAGAAGGGAGGCGGUUUGACACAUCAGCUCAGUGAUGUUAGUCGAUAUGCUUCAGCAGGAUGGCAUAGUGAUAUUACAUUUGAGAAGGUCCCCUCGGACUAUGCAAUGCUUAAGAUCCACACACUACCAGCAACUGGUGGUGAUACGCUCUGGGCAUCUGGAUAUGAGAUCUACGAUCGGCUCUCCGACCCCAUGAAGAAAUUCCUCGAAGGCCUAACAGCGACUCACGACGCAAGUUUCUUCCACGACGAGGCACGCCGACUGGGCAACCCCAUCCGCAAGGAUAUCCGCGGUUCACCUCUAAACCAAGGCGAGAACCUCAUCUCCGUGCAUCCUCUUAUCAGAACAAACCCAGUUACAGGCUGGAAGUCCGUGUUUGUCAACAAGGGCUUCACCAAGCGCAUCAACGGGCUGUCAAAAGAUGAGAGUGACACAUUGCUUGCGUAUCUCUUCAACCUAGUGACUCAGAACCACGACGCUCAGGUGCGUUUCCGUUGGAUUGCCAUUGAUUUUCAAGGCCAUGAGCUUGUUUCUCUCAAUGUCCAUUCAAUGAGGGCCCUUUAUACAUCUUCGAGCUCGAGGCGGGCUCUGCGCCUGCCGUCCAUUGCUUCAGCAGUGACGCGGUCCUCUGCGCUUGCCAUCGGAGCCUUCAAUGCCGAGACCCGUCCCUUCCAUUCAGGACCCCUCCCCCGCAUCAGCUCCAGAGCUAGAGCCUCAUCUCACCCAUCAGCUUCUUCUCUAACAACCCCUUCUCGACCUCUUCAUACCUCUCAAUUACGUUCUUUCCUCUCGUCUAGCUUCACGAAAGCUUCGUUAUCUCGAUCGAAUCCUCCUCGGCUUCUUCGCGACUCCAAAGUCACCUCUUCUCUUGUCCGUCGUCAGCAGCAGCGCAACUGCUCUUGUCGCCGAGCAAUGUAUCGCAACGGAUCUGACGUCGCCAGUGCGAGCCUCGAUGUUCGUCGUGGCCGCGAGGUUCUCCCCAAGAACGUCAAGCCGUUGCACUACGACCUUACCCUUGAGCCUAACUUCGAGACCUUCAAGUAUGAGGGUACUGUUGUCAUCGACUUCGAUGUAGUUGAGGAUACAACCUCCAUUGCCCUCAACACGGUGGACCUUGAGAUUCACGAGACCCUCGUCGAGGCCAACGAUACCACGAUCAGCUCCUCGCCCACUCUCGACUACAACAAAGAUUCCCAAACUACCACCAUCACCUUCGAUAAGACGAUUCCUGCAGGUCAAAAGGCGAGGUUGACUCAGCGCUUCACCGGUACUCUCAACGAUGAUAUGGCAGGCUUCUACCGGUCAUCAUACAAGGAUGAGCAGGGCAACACCAAGUACAUGGCUACCACUCAGUUCGAGGCCACUGAUGCCCGACGAGCAUUCCCUUGCCUGGACGAGCCGGCUCUCAAGGCAACCUUCACUGUGACACUGAUCGCAGACAAGGACUUGGUCUGUUUGGGCAACAUGGAUGUUGCUUCUGAGAAAGAAGUCGACUCAAAGGUCACAGGUAAGAAGAGCAAGGCCAUCACUUACAACAAGACUCCGAUUAUGUCUACCUACCUCUUGGCUUUCGUCAUUGGUGACCUUAAGCACUAUGAGACCAACAACUUCCGAGUUCCCAUUCGAGUCUGGUGCACUCCCGACCAAAACCUCGACCAUGCAGUCUUCUCAGCCGAGCUGGGAGCACGAACACUCGAAUUCUACGAGGAGCAGUUUGGCAGCAAAUACCCUCUUCCCAAGAUGGACAUGGUUGCCAUUCCUGAUUUUGCUGCUGGAGCCAUGGAAAACUGGGGUCUCAUUACCUACAGAGUGGUUGAUCUUCUCCUGGAUGAGAAGACCAGCAGUGCUGUUACCAAGAAGCGUGUGGCAGAGGUUGUUCAGCACGAGCUGGCUCAUCAGUGGUUCGGCAACCUAGUCACAAUGGACUUCUGGGAUGGUCUUUGGCUAAAGGAAGGUUUUGCGACAUGGAUGUCUUGGUACUCUUCCAACGCUUUCUAUCCCGAGUGGAGGAUCUGGGAGGGCUACGUUACCGAGGAUCUGCGAUCCGCUCUGGGUCUCGACUCUCUUCGCAGCUCUCACCCCAUCGAAGUGCCUGUCAAGCGCGCAGACGAGGUGAACCAGAUCUUCGAUGCCAUCUCGUACGAGAAGGGCUCUUGUGUCCUGCGUAUGAUCUCCAAGUAUCUGGGUGAGGAUGUCUUCCUCAAGGGUAUUCGAAUCUACCUCGACAGACAUGCCUACAGCAACACUGAGACUACUGAUCUCUGGGCAGCUCUUAGCGAGGCUAGCGGCAAGGACGUUGAGCGUGUCGCCGAUAUUUGGACCAAGAAGGUCGGCUACCCUGUCGUAGCAGUCACUGAGGAUCAAUCCAAGGGUACGAUCCAUGUCAAGCAGAACCGCUUCCUUAGAACCGCCGACGUCAAGCCAGAAGAGGAUGAAGUUCUCUACCCUGUAUUCCUUAACCUUCGAAGCAAGGACGGUAUCCAAGAGGACCUUGCGCUCAACACACGUGAGGCCGACUUCAAGGUGUCUGAUUUCGACUUCUUCAAGAUCAACUCUGGCCACUCUGGUAUCUACCGUACAUCUUAUUCCAGCGAACGACUUCAAAAGCUCGGACAAAACGCCAAGGCAGGUUUGCUGGGUGUUGAGGACAGAGCUGGAAUGAUCGCUGAUGCUGGUGCCCUUGCUGCUGCUGGUUAUCAAAAGACAUCUGGCUUGCUGUCCCUCCUCCAAGGCUUCGACUCUGAAAAUGAGUUCAUUGUCUGGGAUGAGAUUACCCUCCGUGUUGGCUCUCUCCGCGAUGCCUGGAUUUUUGAAGAUGAUGAUGUCAACAAAGCCCUUAAGGCUUUCCAAAGAGAUCUGGUUAGCAAGAUUGCGAACGAGAUUGGUUGGGACAUCACGGACGCUGAUGACUUUACCGCUCAGCGUUUCAAGGCACUAAUGUUUGGCAAGGCCGCCAUUGUUGAGGAUGAGCCUACCAAGAAAGCAGCAUUCGAGCUGUUCGAGAAGUUCAUUAAUGGCGACCGAGACGCUCUGCAGCCCAACCUCCGAUCUAGCGUUUUCGGUGUUGUGUUGACUUAUGGAGGUGAGAAGGAGUACAACGCUGUUCUCAAGGAGUAUGAGACUGCCAAGCAAAGCAGUGAGAGAAACACCGCUCUUCGAUCGCUUGGCUUCGCAAAGGAUCCUGCCCUCAUCGAGCGAACUUUCAAGUACACCCUCAGUGACAACGUCAAGACUCAAGAUAUCUACAUGCCUCUCAGUGCUCUCCGCGCUCACAAGCAAGGUGUCUUGGCGCUCUGGGGAUGGGUCAAGGAGAACUGGGAUGUUCUCACCAAGCGACUGCCCCCUGGCAUGUCUCUCCUUGGUGAUAUGGUAGCCAUUUCCACCAGCUCUUUCACACAUCAUGAUCAGAUUUCGGAGGUGAAGAGUUUCUUUGAAGAGAAGGGGAGCAAGGGAUUCGACCUGGAGUUGGCGCAGAGUCUCGAUGCUAUGAAGGCAAAGCAAAACUGGCUCGCAAGGGACAAGGAGGAUGUCAAGCAAUGGCUCCGCGAUAACAAAUACCUGUAA